AAUCGUUGUCUUCCUGUACGGUUUCGAGAUGUACUUCCUCAACCCCCACCUAUUACCGAGCCAGCCCUGCCACCAACCGCAGACCUCUCGCCCGCUUCGGAGACAAGUGCACCGUUGUCACGCACACUUCUCAGUGUUUUCGGACUUUCGCGUCGAUAUUACAGCGAUCACUCGCCAACUCACGAUCCAGAAGAGCUUACAACUCUAGAAAACCUCACUCUGACACACUCCGAGUCAGACCAAGAUUUCAGUAUGCCUGCUCCUAUAACACAUAAUAGCAGCAUAGAAGCUCCAGAUGCUUUCCAUCCAUAUCCAAACAAAUCAUUGUUUCUCCUUGGCGAUUGGUUUUGGAACGGAGGUAUCCAGAAGUCACACAAGAGUUUCAAGGAACUAUUACAGAUAAUUAGUGACAGCGAGUUUCGAUCUGAAGACAUUCGUGCUACGCGCUGGAAUUUAAUCAACAAUCGACUUGGAUCUAGCGCAGACGAUGCAGAGGUGCAUGAUGAUGUGACCUUCGAAGGUGCUGGGUGGAAGAAGACUGCAAUCAACAUCAAGAUACCCGUUCACAAGCGCACAGAAAACCCAGGCAUUUACGACUAUCUCAUCACUGAUUUAUAUCAUCGACCACUCGUAUCUGUCAUCCAGGAGAAGCUUGCAAACAAAAAGCACGACAAACUAUUCCAUUAUCAGCCCUAUGAACUACUCUGGAAUCGCAGAGGGUCUGAAAGAUCCACUUGUGUUCAUGGGGAACUGUACAACUCUGAGGCUUUUAUUGGAGCACACCGUGAAGUCCAAGAGUCUCCAGCAGAGCCUGGGUGUGAUCUAGAACAUGUCGUUGUCGCUCUUAUGUUUUGGUCAGAUUCAACCCAUCUGACUUCCUUUGGUAAUUCCAAACUCUGGCCUUGCUACAUGUUUUUUGGAAACAAAUCUAAAUAUCGACGAUGCAAGCCUUCUUGUCAUCUAUGUAGUCAUGUCUCCUACUUCAAUCAUCUUCCAGAUAGUUUCAAGGAUUUUGCUAUGAAGCACUUUGGUGGGAAAGGUCCCAGUGCUGACUUUCUUGCGCAUUGCCAUAGGGAACUCUAUCACAUGCAGUGGAAGAUUCUUCUCGACGAGGAGUUUAUAGAAGCCUAUAAACAUGGGAUCGUGAUACGCUGUUGUGACGGUAUUGAUUGUCGAUUUUACCCUUGGAUACUCACGUAUUCUGCUGAUUAUCCAGAAAAGUGA